AUGUCAAUUCUUCUUUCACAAUCAGCUCGAAAGUUAUUAUUAAAAAGUUUACGUUUGCCCUAUCCUUUAGUGAGUGAACAUUGCAAAGUCUUAACAGUUUAUGAUUCUGAUCCAGACAGUUUUUUCAGGUUAGUAAACAGAAAGUAUUCUGAUAAGAAAGGUAUUUCUGUCAGGAAAGCUGAUAGUGAACUUCAAACUGAUGUGAAGGUGACAGUAAAAGAAGCUACUAAAACAGCAUCCUACUCUGCUAUCAUUCUCCUCGGAAUAGGUGUUACUGCAGCUCUGUUUUACGCAGUGUUUAGAGAACUGUUUUCAAGCAAAAGCCCUAGUGGGGUAUAUUCUAAUGCUUUCAAGUUAUGUUCGAAUGAUACUCGAAUUCAAGAUGCGUUAGGCGCUCCUAUAAAAGGAUUUGGUGAGGAGACAAGUAGAGGUCGCAGGCGACAUGUUAACCAUGUUUCCUAUGAGAAGGAAGGUGUUCCUCACAUGAGGAUGGUAUUCUAUCUUAAAGGAUCUCGAAACAGUGGUACUGUUCACUUAGAAGUUAAAGAGAAUACCACUGGAAAUUUUGAAUACCGAUACAUAUUUGUUCAGUUGGACGAUUAUGGUCGAAGAGUAAUUGUUCUUGAAGACAAUAGAGCUAAAGAAGAGGCAGCAAAAUCAUUUUUAACACCUUUGGAUGACAUAAAUAUUUUGAAAUAA